AUGAUGUUCAGACAGCUCUUGGCUAGUGUCCUCCUGGCAGCCUCUGUUCACUUUGAACAUGCGGCCGGUGCCCCGUAUCCUCAGUCUGAUAUCGACUCCGGCAAGGUCUUGGCCAACCUGAGCCAGACUGCGUACAACAAUGCCAUGAGCCGGCUUGCAAUAUCAACAGGAACAUGCACCAAGGAGAACGUCAAAGUCCGCAAAGAAUGGAGAAAGCUUCCGGCGGAAGACAGGAUCGCUUACCGUAAAGCGGUUGAAUGUCUCAUGCAACAACCGCCAGCGUUCACCAACGUGUCGGGUGCAAAAACCGCUUUCGAUGACUUUGGAGUUCUUCAUGUCGCAUUCACGCCAUAUGUGCACGCCUCGGCAUCCUUCCUGACUUUCCAUCGUUACUACAUCCAUACUUUCGAACAGCGACUUCGAAACUUGUGUGGCUUCAAAGGCACUAUGCCCUACUGGGAGUGGGGACUUGACUGCGCCGACAUGGACAAGUCGCCACUAUUUGACGGAUCGGAGACUUCACUUGGAGGCAACGGCGAGAAAGUCAGGGGUGGCCAGUCGCCCGGGGGCAUGUUUGGUGCCAAAGCUGGCACGGGCGGCGGUUGUGUGAAGAAGGGUCCCUUCUCGAACUACACCGUCAACAUGGGGCCUAUCGGAGCCAGGAACCCACUGGAUUACAACCCUCGGUGCCUCAAACGAGACCUAAACUCGGACAUCUGUGCCAAAUGGGCAUCCAUCAGAAACACGACCCAAGUUAUCACGGACACAUCGGAUAUCGAACUCUUCCAGGCGAUGCUGCAGGGAGACCCACGAUACGCGAAGAGUGCUGUACUGGGACUUGCUGUACAUGGUGGCGGACAUUUCACUAUCGGGGGUGACCCUGGAGGCGAUUUCUAUUUUUCUCCGCUAGAACCUGGAUUUUACUUGCACCAUGGGCAGAUUGAUCGUAUGUACUUUGUCUGGCAGAAUCUGGAUUGGGCUAAGAGACAGAAUGUGGCAGGGACUAUAACAAUGAACAACCAACCACCAAGCCGCAACGGCACCCUUGAUGAUACGCUUGACUUUUCGCCACUCAACCCUGAGAAGAAGCUACGGGAGCUGAUGGACACGAUUGCGGGGCCAUUCUGCUACGUUUAUGAGUGA